GUCAACGGUGCGUACACAAAAUUAAUUAGCUCGUGUAUUUUCGCUUUAACACACGCGCACUCGUUUUGACGGAUUCAUCACAAUGCUUCGACGGUUUUCUGCAAUUAUAUUAGGUUGCAAGCCAUUGACUUUGAGGCUACAGAGUGCAGUGCUCAGAACGCAGUACAAUAAUUACGCCAGCAAACCAGAUGAGAUUGAUGUGGAUGAGACCGAUUCAAUGGUUGAGUCAGAUAUGCCCCGGGAAGCCUCCUUGGCUAAAUGUACUAUUAUGGGAAGACUUGGUAGAGAUCCCAAGGUGCUCACCUCAAAGAAAGGACAGGAUUUUGUAUCGCUGACAAUUGCUACUAACAGAGGACAGGCUACUGACUGGCACAAUGCUCUAGCAUUUCCGGAGAAAACCAUGAGCUACAUCGUGAACAACUUGAAAGUUGGUGACAGAGUGCUUGUGAUGGGCACAUUGAGCCAAAGGCCAGAGGAUAGACAAUAUACUGUCCUUAUUGAUUCCAUCAAUAAAAUCCAAUCAAGAAAGAAAAGAGAAGUCAUGGAAGAAGAAGAGAUCUGAACUCCUGAACUUAAAUUUGGUUGUGCCAAUUAGACUCUGAUCAAAAACAUGUACAUAAUACAAUUGAUGCUCUUCUUAGGCACUUUACAGUGUGAAUGAAUACCAUGCUCACUUAAAAGUUGUAGUUAAAUAUACAGUUAUCCCCUCCACAAACACCUACGCACCCACACCACCUCUUGCAAUGAAGUAAAAAGAGUAUAUAUUGGUAUCAACAUGGACACGUGUCUGACCACAACUUGUCCAAGAAAGUACUCCACUACUCAACACACAGCAUUCAAUCUUGCAUUAUUGUUCCUUAAUAUGACGACUUGUAAUUUGUAUUGUCCUUAAAUAAAAAUGCUUUUCCACGUUUUCAUUUUAAAACUUUAUAUGUAUUACUACAUAAGAGUUUUAGGGGGUAUUCUCCACUUCUGUAACAAGCUGGAGUUAUGUGUUCAUUUUUACGAUGCUUUUACGUGUUUCCUUAAAUUUAAUCCAUAAUUAAGCACCUACUUUACUCUAUUUAAAUAUUUUCCAUAUUCUUGCUGUAACAAGAUAAAUAAAUAAUUAAUCAAUGCAGUUUUUGCUUACCUGAGCAUAAAGUGGUGUGGUGGACAAUUUUUUACGUUAAAUGUCCAGUGUUUGGUAUCCCAGAUCGACUUUGAACUUAUCUGAAAUCAGCAAGAGGAUUUUGACCAAACUUUACUGGAAUUUUCUUUUGCUGGCCCUUUUAGCAAUUUCUUUAAUUAAAAAAAAGAGUUAUUUUUUUACUUACAUGACAAACUUUUAGAAACAGAAACAGAUUGUUUUAUUUGUAAUUAUUGUAGGCUCUACCUGAGCAUGAAGUGCUCAUGAUGAGAUAUUGUUAUCACCAUGUGUAUGGCGUCCGUUGUCAUAGAGGGAGUCGUCAUCUUUUUGCUAGUCACUUCUCUAAAAGCUACUGAGAAAACUUUAUCAUGAUGUUAACAAUAUCUAGGUUUGUUACCUGUGUCCAAAAACAACGCCACAAUAUCUAGGUUUGUUACCUGUGUCCAAAAACAACGCCACUUUGUCAAAUCCGAGAUAAACCUAGUAACCACUCAAGAAACCCCUUUUAUGGCUCAAUUUGAUGAAAUUUGGGAGAAUGAUUAUCUUCAAAAUAUCUAGGUCAUUUAUGAAUAUUUUGUCUUAAAACAAGGUCACCAGGUCAAAACUUAUAAAAAUAAUACCACUCCAGAGGUCACAAUGACAGCUCAAUGUUGAUGAAACUUGGUUAACAUGUAUACCGGUGUAUUAACAAUAUCUAGGCCAAGUUCAAAUAACGGACAUGUACAUCCAAAAGUUAGUUCACAUGGUUUAAUCCUUGAAAAACAUUAUGACCACUAGACGCCAGUGUUUGUUACUCGAGUUCACUUGGUCAGAAUGAAUGUUGCUCUUAACAAUAUCUAGGCGAAGUUUGAAUCUGGGUCACUUAAGGCAAAAAAACAAUUAGUUAUUGUAAUAACUGUAAAAAAAUUGACACUUUAAAUUGACUGAUACCUGUGUUUUUUGCCAAAAUAUUUUUUUGUUUACUAGACUUUCGUCCAUAAUUUAUUACUCACAUUUUCUGACAGUUUAUUUUACAAUGCUAUUUUACCAUAUUUCUGCCCUGUUGUGCUUACCUGGUGGCACUUUGAUCAUGAGUUUUUUACAACCAGAUUGCAGUCAUAAAACCUGGCUGAUGAAUGCCUUAAGGCAAAUUCUCUAGGUCUUUGGUUUGAAUAUUGUGUGUCCAAAAACUAAGUCACCAGGUCAAAUCUGAAAAAAAAGUUAUUCCUCUAGGAAUGUUAAUCUUAACAAUAUUUCAACAGUUUGUGUACCUUGAAAUCGUAUGAGUGCUUAAGGGUCAUCAGCAUGGCAGUGAUAAUCAGAUAUGAAAAUAAUUUUACUUAAAAGUUCAUUUGGUGACCAUCCACCAAAUAACACAAACAAAUUAUUUAACCAUAUUCAUGCCAAGAGAAUAACAGUUUUUUUAAUGCCUACAAAAAUUUACAAAAAUCUUAGUAUUCUUUUCAGAAACUGAUAAUCAGAUUUAAAAAUAACUCCACAAAAAUAAUCAUCGAGUUAAAAUCCAUCAAAGUCCCUUAAUAAGUUAAUUAUUUAAGAUUUGUUUAAAAAAAACACGUUUCCACCUAGAGCCGGAUCAUGUUUUCCUGAUGCAUGUACAAAGUCAUUUUUACUUAGAGAGCAAUCAGGGUCAAUUUGGCUCUCUUGUUUGAUAUUUCUUAAACAGGAUACACGGCUAAAAUGCAGUAAAAAUGUAUAAAAAAUAUGUUUUAAUAAUGCUGUUUACAAUAAUUAAAAUUAAUUGAACACAUUGUUGAUGCUUUUUAUGACGUUUAUGACCUUUUUUAUGUUUAAAACGGUGCCUUUAACUGUAAACCUGGAAAUAAUAUUGACUGAAACGAUUUAGUCUUUUGGUAUAUUAUGAUAUGUACAACAUCAAAUCAUUCUUUUAUUUUAUGUUUAUGAUCAUUUUUCUAGGACAAUUUAUGCAAGAACCAAUAAACAAUUGUCCCUGUUCUAUCCCAUUUUGAUUUAUUUACAUAACUUUGAAGUGUAUCUCGUUUUAUUCAGAAUCUCUUGCACUUUGUCUCCUUUCAUUUGAUUUAUUGUAACGAUUUUUGGAAAACUCAAAGAAAUCAUUUUAACACUCAUGUUCAUCAUGUCCAUUCACCGAUGCUGUUAAUCAAUUCUUUUAAUUUUGUAAAUAGAGAAAGCAUUCAUCGUUAAUGAUUGAAAUAAACAUGUAAUAUAA